GUUAAUUAGUGUUUAAUAUCAAAAUGAUGAAAUAUGAGGGAGAUGAGAAAUUAAAGGAUAAUUCCAAAUGUUCUUUAUUUCGAGCUAGCUUGAAAAUGUGUCUACUCAAAAGUGACUGUUGUAAAAUUUGACUCGAAACAUUUUCUCAAUGGGAUUCGUUCUCUGGAUUAAAUAAUUAACACGAGGUUCUGUCUUCACGUCCAAUUAGGCUACCUGCUUUCAGGUGGACUGCGCUUAAUUAGCACAAAAAUAACCGGCAGUGUCGGAAAACCGCACAUACUGAAACAAUUAAGCAAUAUUCAGUUUUCUAAAUUAAAUUUAUAUAAAAAAUGGAACCUAGUGAUGAAAUUGGCUCUAGUGAAGUGGAAUUAAACACGAAAGAUGUUAAAGAAGGCGUAAAUAAUGAAAAAAAUGAUGAGGAAAGUUAUGGGAAUUCGAAAGAAAAUCGAAAAAUUGUUUAUGAAAAGCCAAAAGUUCGAAAAGACGAAGAAGAAGAAGAGCAAAUUGAAGAAUUUGAUACUGAUGAAGAGGAAGAGGAGGAUAAUGUUCUUGGUGGUAAAAAAAUCUCGGAGCAAAUUCCAGGUCCCGAUGAUUAUUCGAAGCAUUUAACUUACGAAGGUGAUACUUGCAUUUAUACGGAACCAGAAACUGGAAAGAAACUCGUUUGGGAUGCAAAGCAAAAUGCGUGGAGAGAACGUGAGGAAACAAAGGAAAGUACAAAGGAAAGUGUACCAAUGGAAGAUUCGACAAGAAAUUAUGAAUUUGACGGGAAAAAUUAUGUCUACACUGAUAAGAAUACAAAUUUAACGUAUAAAUUCGAUCAAGAGAAAAAUGAAUGGAUUGUGAAGGAGGAAAAGGAUAAAAGUGAAGAGAAUAAAUCUGAUCAAGUGGAUAGUGAUAAUCCGCCUCAUCCCACCACAUCCACACAAAAUCCAAUUUAUGGAUUUGAAAACGAUACACAUACAUACACGGAUCCAAACGAUGGCAGUGUUUACAUGUGGGAUCGAGAGAAAAACGCUUGGUUUCCAAAGGUUGAUGAUGAUUUUAUGGCCAGGUACCAAAUGAGUUACGGUUUCAAUAAUCCAAAUGCUGAAGAACCAAUUGCCAAACCUACAGUUUCUGUUGCACAGACAAAAGCUGACAAGGAACAGAAAAGACUGGACGCCAAGCGAAAAACACAGGAGCCAGCGACUUGGUUUGAAGUUGAUGAGCAACACAAUACCUCGAUUUAUGUACACGGUUUACCCUUGGAUAUUACCAUGGAGGAGGUUAAGGAAUUAUUCACAAAAUGUGGUCUCAUCGCUCGAGAUGAGAAAGGAAAGGAUAAAAUUAAGCUCUACAGGGAUUCGUACAAUGAGAUAAAAGGAGACGCACUCUGCACGUACAUCAAGGUGGAAUCUGUUAAUCUCGCAUUGAAUAUUCUCGAUGGCUGGAAAAUCAGAGGAAAGACUUUAUCAGUCCAAAGAGCGAAAUUCCAAUUGAAAGGCGAAUACGAUCCUUCAAAGAAGCCCAAAAAGAAGAAAAAGGACAAAGAGCGACAGAAAAAAUUCCAAGAAAAAUUAUUUGAUUGGCGACCAGAUCAACUUCCUGGACAACCACAAAAGUGUGAACGAGUUGUAAUUAUCAAGAAUCUCUUUAAGCCUGAAGAUUUCGAUCAUGAAGUGUCUCUUCUCUUGGAAUAUCAACAGGACAUUCGUUCGGAGUGUCAAAAAGCUGGGAAUGUCACCAAAGUUGUUGUUUAUGACAGACAUCCUGAGGGAGUUGCUCAAGUUACUUUUAAGGAACCAGAAGAGGCUCAAGGGUGCGUGCAGUUACUAAACGGCCGUUGGUUCGGUCAAAGGAAGAUAACUGCAGAAAUUUGGGACGGAAAAACAAAAUACAAAGUUGUCGAAACCGAGGCCGAGAUCGAGGCGAGAAUUGAAAAAUGGGACAAAUAUUUAGAGGAUGAAGAUGAAAAAGUGGAGGGAAAGAAAAUUGAGAAUUUGGAAAAAAAGAUGGAAACUGGUGAAAACGAGGAGAAAAGUGAAACAUCAAUGAAUAGGGAAACAAAAACAAGUGCAACAGAGGUGGAAAAUCUAUAGUCAAUGGUUUUUUUUUGAUAAUGGAAGAAGUUUUCGAUUAAAGUAAGUAACUCUACGUUUAUAAAAACAACUAUUUAAUCUUCGAUUUAAAUAGACUCAAUGACUCUAUAGUUCUACUAUUAUUAUUAAUAUUAUAAUUAUGAUACUCGAUAACAAUUAUAUUUUUUAAUUUCGAUCAAUCACUCCGAGUCAGAUAAUAAAAAUAAUGAAUUUUAUUUUUAUAUAAUUGUUAAUGAGUCAAUAUUUUCAUGAAAAUUAGAGUAUUUUUUAGUCAAUUAUUACUGCAAGCGAGACUUGUAAAAUUAAUAUUAUAAAUUAAAUUUCCAAGAUACGUCGAUUUAGUGUUUAAGAGCAAAAAAAAAAGUUAGAAAAUUGAUUGUUGUAGAAAAGAAUGGCGUUGUACAUAAAUAGUUUAAUUAUAAUGAUUAUGAGUA